CACUUUGUAAUCCUACUCCAGCCCGCCAAAUGAAAACCCAAUUAUAUAUUCCAUGUUUAUUAUCAACUGCAAAAUAAAACGGUUGAUUAAAAAAUUCACCAACAAUUUCCCGGUCGAAUAUAUAAACCUCUGCAUCCAAAUUAACUACCCGCAAUGAAAUAAAGAAACUCCAUGUUGUGCUUUAAAUCAAUAUUGUUUAUUAGAGCUCUCAUUGUUUCUAUGCCUACAAGCUGUUUGUUAAAAUGCCUCCGAGAACUCGUUUACUUUUUUUUAUAUUACUGAACUUGGUAGCCUGCAUUUUAAUUUUGUAGACUUUUAAUGGUUUUUGACAAGCCCUUUUUUUUUAAAAGUUUUGAUUUGGGUGUGCCUAUUUUGGCUUUGCAGUUGUCGGGUUUUUGUGAUAUUAUUCAAGGUGGAUGGUGAAUUUGUUGAUGAGAAUGAGAGUGAAUGAAGAUUUCGAUUUGUGAUUUGUGAAGAAAAUGCAGUUUUCAGGUUUUGAAAUUGCUUUCAGGCGAUACCUGACAAAGUUUCAGGUGGUGGAAGCCUUGAGUGUUGCUUGUGUCGAUUCUUCAGCUGUUGGUGUGGGGAAGCUGGUAAGUAAACUUGUAUGCCGUUCACUUCAUUCAAAUGUAGCAGCCAUUAACGACGACAAUGAAAGUGUGGCAAGUAAAAGUGCUUUGGCGAAGAACCUAGCCUAUUUACUUGCGGAAUCGUCUAAUCGCAAUGAAAGAAAACCCAAAACUAGGAUGGAGAUGAAGAGACACUUUGAACUUUGUAUUAAGAGAAGGGUGAAGGAACAAUAUGUUGAUGGAAAAUAUCAUAAUCUUAUGGUAAAUGUAAUUGCCAAUCCAAAAACUCUGUUUGAUGCUUACAAUAGUAUAAGGGUCAGCUCAAAUGUAGAUUUAGAACUAGAAUGCGAUACAAUCCCCUUUAAAGAAAUGGCAGAAGAGCUUUCUCGUGGAAAAUUUGAUGUAGGUGCUAAUACAUUCUCUAUCUCGACGAGGGGACCCGAUAAAGAAGUGCUUGUCCUUCCAAAUCUUAAGUUGAAGGUUGUUCAAGAAGCCAUUAGAAUAGCUUUGGAAGUUGUUUUCAAGCCUUACUUCUCUAAGACUUCACAUGGUUGUCGAAGUGGAAGGGGUCACUUGUCAGCCUUAAAGUACAUCCGUAAAGAAGUCUCUAAUCCUGAUUGGUGGUUCACCUUGCUUGUACACAAACAUUUUGAUGUGUGCAUACUGUCUAAACUCAUCACAACUAUGGAAACGAAAAUUGAAGACUCUACUCUAUAUGCUAUCAUCAGAAGCAUGUUUGACGCUCAUGUCCUCAAUUUGAAUUUUGGGGGUUUCCCAAAGGGCCAUGGUCUUCCGCAGGAAGGGUUAUUGUCCCCAAUAUUAAUGAAUAUAUAUCUUGAUCUUUUUGACUCUGAAGUUUACAGAUUGUCAAUGAGAUAUGAGUCCUUUUGUGCAGGCACUCAUUGUGACCAGCAUAGGUCAGACUCGAAAUUGAGAAGCUGGUUUAGGAGACAGAUAGAGGAUAACAGUACCCAGUCUGCUGAGUCAAAAUCAAAUAUGCGGAUACAUUGUUGUCGCGUCAUGGAUGAGAUAUUUAUAGCUAUUUCUGGUCCGAAAGAAGCUGCCAGUGCUUUCAUGUUUGAAAUUAAAAGCUUCCUGCAUAAUUCACUCCACAUGGAUGUUAAUAAUAAUUGUAUGGAUGUAUAUCCUUGUAAUGGUACAAGAGGUGUUCAAUUUCUUGGUACUAUGGUGAAAAGAAGUAUGAAGGAGAGUCCUGCAAUAAGAACGGUUCAUAAGUUAAGGGACAAGGUUAGGCUAUUUGCUUUACAGAAAGAAGAGUCUUGGGAUUCCGGCACGGUCAGGAUUGGGAAAAAAUGGGUGGCUCAUGGAUUGAAAAAAGUCAAAGAAUCGGAGAUUAAACAUCUAGCUGAUCCUUGCUCUGUGUUAAACCAAAUUUCACACUUUCGUAAAGCUGGGAUGGAAACUGAUCACUGGUACAAGGUCUUGCUGAAGAUUUGGAUGCAGGAUGUGAAUGCUAAAUCUGAAGUUAGUGUAGAAUCUGUAUUGUCAAAAUAUAUUGCUGAACCAGCUCUUCCUCGAGAACUAGUAGACUCUUUCAAUGCAUUCCAGAAGCAGGCAGAAAAGUAUAUAACUUCUGAAACAGCAGCAACUGCUGCCCUCUUGCCGGAAUCAGUUUCUGUUGAAUCUGUUUUUAUGACGAAGAUAUAUUCUCCAGUAAAUCUCAUAAAGAAGCGUCUUGUAAGAUAUGGUUUGAUAAAUUCUAAUGGGCAUGCUCGUACAUGUCAUGCACUCAUUUUACAAGAUAAUGAGCAGAUUAUUGACUGGUUUUGUGGCUUAGCUUCUCGAUGGGAUAGAUGGUUUAGUGAGUGUGAUAAUUUCAGUAAAGUCAAAUUGAUAGUUUCGGAUCUUGUAAGGAAGUCAUGCAUUCGAACACUGGCCGCAAAGUAUAGAAUACACGAAAGUCAGAUAGAGAAACAAUUUGAUUCAGAACUUAGCAGACUUCCAUCAACCGAAGAAAUAGGUAAUGAUAUAUUAAAUGGAUCAUCUGAAGCGCAGCAACCCAAUUACGACGAGGCACUAAUGUAUGGUAUAUCUUAUGGUGGCUUGUGUGUACUAUCUUUAACAAGAAUGGUGAGUCAAUCACGGACUUGCUGCUGUUUUGUUAUGGGUUGCACAGCUGCUGCACCAUGUGUUUACUCUCUUCAUAUAAUGGAACGGCAAAAGUUUCCAGGCUGGAAAACAGGGUUUGCAACAUGCAUCCAUCCCAGCUUAAACAGAAGGCGAAUUGGGUUGUGUAAGCAGCACGUGAGGGAUUUGUAUCUUGGUCAUAUUUCUCUCAGUUCUAUUGACUUUGGUGCUUGGAGAUGAGCUGCAGAGUACUCUAUAUUUAAAACUUUUUUGCACACAGAGGGAAGUAUGAGGAACAGCCUUUCUCCCAUAUGGAAGUUUGGCUUAACGUGGAUUAAAGAAAAGGUUAGAUCUAAUUAUUACUUGUCUUAAUUUUAUACUAUAUAACAAUCAAGGGUUAUGACUACAAUACAUCCUGAUCCUUUAUUUUUCAUCUUUCCAAAAUCACAUGAGGUUAUAUAGAAUGUAAUUAAGUACAUCAUGAACUUGUACAUAUCUUUGUUAUGAACUUGUACAUAUCUUUGUUGAUGUAGGAGUUUUAUGCACCAGUAAUUGGGUGGAAAAUUUAGGAUCUUCACUUAAAAUCUUGUACCAUAGAAUUGCUCUAUGAUGUUUAUCUUUGAUACACUAGUUGAUUGACUUUUGCUAUACUUUCA